UAAUCACAAACUUUCAUGCACCCAUUCCUCUCAUCCUCCUCUCUCUCUCUCUCCAUAUUACUCUUCCUCUUGACCUCAUUAACCAACCAAAGAUGGUGUCCUUAGAGACAAUUCAAUCAACUUCCAGAUCCAUUGAUCCAGCCAAUGCAACCCCAAGAAUCUCAUUCUCAGCUGACCCCAAUGAGAACAACUCCGCCGCCACCACCUUCAUCUCCAUUUCCCCGAAGCUAGGCGCGCUCGGGAACCGCAACAAGGCGAGAUCGGAGCGGCCCGAUCUCGAGAAGUCCGACUUCGAGUUCCUCUCGGCCAACCCCAGCCUGGACUCAAACAUAUUGACUGCGGACGAGCUCUUCUCCGAGGGGAAGCUCCUCCCCUUCUGGCAGGCCCACCACUCCGAAAACCGGCCCACGGGCAUGGCCACCCUCAGGACGAGGCCAGGGCCCGAUGGGGAGGAAGACGACGAGCCCGAGGAAGGACAGGGAGAGGCCCGAGAUGGAGAAGGUCGGGCUGCGGGCACGCCUGCCGAUAAGGACGCGCCGGGCCGGGGCGGGCCCGGGUGGUUCAUGGACGACGACCCGUCCCCGCGCCCUCCCAAGUGCACUGUCCUGUGGAAGGAGCUGCUGAGGCUGAGGAACCGGCCGCUCCCACCCGACACGGCCAGCCCGAACAGUGAGAAGAAGGAAGGGGCUUCGGGUGGUGCGGGCGAGCGGGACAAGGACGCGAACAAGAGGGCGAAGAAGGGGCUGGAGAGGACGCGGUCGGGGACGCUACGGAUCAGGCCGAUGAUCAACGUGCCGAUUUGCAGUACUGUGAAGGGGACUAGUAACUAUGUGCUGCCUCCUCCUCUGUUCCCGACAAAGAAGGGGAGAGUAGAGAGGUGAAAGAGUUGUGGAAGAAAAGUUGUUCACAAAAGUUCCUUAGACAAAUUAUGUGUUUAGAUAUGUUAAUAUCUUUUUGUCUCCAAUUUUUGCAUAUUGUUUCCCUCCCCAACUGUGAUUCAACUAAGCUCUGAUGUAUGGGAUCUUCUCGUUCUACGGUUCUCUGCAGUUCGGUGCGGUUCUCUUGUGAAACAACUGUUCGCCGGAUUAACUUUUGUUUAGAAAAUCUCGAUUUGUUCUCUUAAAUUUCGUGUGUACUGAACUUCCGAUCCAUUCCAAUAGCUGUUAACAACUUAAGGUGGAGGCUAUCUAUCUCUCCAUCCGAAUCCCGGAACUAGACAUCUUUUGUUU